AUGGGCUCCACCCUGGGCGCUGGCUGCCAGGAUGUGAUGGAGGAGCUCGACGGCUACACCCUGGUCAGGGGCAUCUACGACAGCGGCACCCAGCGCUUCGGGGAGGAGUUCGAGCGCAACAUGGGCAGCACCGACAACGCCUACAUCAUACAGCCCUUCGGGGAGCCGUGGGUGCUCGUCGGGCUUCACGACGAGCAGUUCAGCGAGGACCUCAUCGACACCCUGGGGCCGCAGCGCGUCGCAAGGAUCGGCCAGGUCGUGGUGCAGUACUACGACGGGAAGCAGCUGGCCGCGCUCGAGACCCUCGUCCAGGCCCGCUCGGGAAUGUCGGCCAUGCGGCACGUGGAGGAGAAGCCGCCGCUGCUCGUGCACUGCUCCGUGCCAAUGGCCAAGACGCUGAAGGCGAGCCUCUCAAAGGAGGCGCUGGAGAAUUGCAGGAUCGUGGAGAUCAGGAAGGGCAGCGAGCUCCGAAUGGGCGAGACCCGCUCCCUGAAGUUCGAGCUGGUGCAGACCCCUCUGGUGCCCGAGGGCGUCGUCGCCUUCGACGCCGAGAGCGGCACGCUGUUCUCGGGGAAGUUCUUCAGCUGCCACGCCGCCGCCGAGGGGGACGCCUCCUUUGACGCGCCGGGCCUCGCGGGCUGGGAGCAGUUCUCCGAGGAGUGGUUCCACUUCUUCGACUGCUACUUCUUCACCGAGCGGGCGCAGAAGGCAAUGCGGAGGAUCUUCAUGCUGGCCAACGCGCUCAAGGGGCCCGACGUGCAGCAGCUGGCGCCGAUGCACGGGCCGAUCGUGCGCGAGCAGUGCUGGAAGCUGAUGGCGAAGUACGAGGCGUGGACGGAGGCGAAGCUGCAGGACGGCGCGGAGGGAGUGGGGCGCGAGACCCUGAGAUUCGGGCGAUGCGGUCCGUCCACUCCGCGCGUUUUCGCCCGGUUUCGCCACCUGGGGCCCUCACAGAUCGAUCCGGCUCGGACCAUGCCGCAGAAAGAUGGGCUUCAGAGCUCCAGCCGUGAUUGCUCGCGAAAGGUCGCACCCUUUUGCGCAACGUCGGACCUCCGGAGAGACGUCUGA